ACUGUUCCCAACAUAUCAUAAAUAGCUUUCAUUUCUAUAACUAUCGGCUUUGGAUCUAAUUUUGAAAAUAAUUUCGUUUAACACUAGCACUCACUUCACUCCUGCCUCUGGGUAUUCGAGAUUGAGAUGUCAUCUCCAGAAGGAUUGUCGUCCUCUGUUUCGGACCCCUUCGUUGAAUAUGUGUUCCCAUCUGUAUUUGAAGAACGCCAUACAUCUCAUACUUCUUGUUGUGAACAAAAUUACAAUCAACUAAAUAAUAAUAAUAAUAAUAAUAAGUGUUCAUCGACUCAACGCAUUCCUGGCUUACAAUCCAAUCGCGAAUAUCAUAUUCAGUCAGAUCUGAGAAAUAGCUAUCACUCCUCUGAAGAUUUGUCCCAUAAUGUCGACGAAUCAAAGCUUUUUGAGACCGAUUUGGAGGCAUGCGGUGGAAGUGGAACUGAAAUAGCGGGUCACGGAUACUACUUUCUACACCACAAUUUUUGCAAAUCAAUGGAUAACUAA